AUGGCCGAGUCGUCCGAGCCGACAACCCAGCAAGACACCAAGACCCGUCUCGAUGACCUGAUCGCACGCGCCGCUGCGAAAGAUGCAACCAAAGAUUACAAUUCCGCCUCGGAGCUCUAUUCGCAAGCGACCGAGUUGCAGGCCGAGCUGAACGGGGAACUGUCGGCAGAGAAUGCCGAUCUCCUCUACGCCUAUGGCAAGUCGCUCUACAAUGUGGCCGUGAGCAAAAGUGAUGUCCUUGGAUCCAAGGUGGCCGGAGAACCUCAAUCGCAAGCUAGCAAGGCGCCGCCUGCCAAUGCAAAAUCUGCUGGGUCGACAUCCACCGGUGAGAAUAUUGUUCAGGACGCGAUUACAAGUGCCAGGGCCAAAAAUACGGCCAGUACCAAGGCCGAGAGCACCGAAUCGGAUGCGGCGCAAUCCAAGCCGUACUUCCAGUUUACUGGCGACGAGAAUUUCGUGGAUUCUGACUCGGAGGAUGAGGAGAAUGAAGGUCAGGCCGGCGGUGAGGAGGAUGAAGACGAUUUUGCCAAUGCCUUUGAGGUCCUCGAUCUGGCCCGCAUUCUCUAUCUCAAGAGAUUAGCCGCGGUGGAGGAGAGCCAAGAUGGCAAAGGGAAGUCGACUGAAAUGCCUGCGGACGUGAAACACAUCAAGGAGCGGCUUGCAGAUACCUAUGAUCUCCAAGCCGAGAUCUCCCUGGAGGCGGAGAGGUUCAAGGAUGCUGUUACCGACCUGAGGACGGCCCUUGAUCUGCGGUAUGCGCUAUAUCCGUUCGAGGACGCCUCGGUGGCCGAGUGUCACUACAAGCUCUCGCUCGCCCUCGAAUUUGCAUCAGUCCAGCAAGAUGAAGGGGAAGAGAAGGCCGCCAAGAUAGAUGAGGACAUGAGAUCGGAGGCUGUGACCCAGAUGGAACGCGCCAUUGAGAGCUGCAAAACCCGGAUGGCUCAAGAGGGAAAGAAACUGGAAACCGAAAAGGAUUUGGAUGAAGACAAGGCCACGGCAACGAGGCGAAAGAUUGCCAAUGUAAAGGAGAUCAUCGGCGACAUGGAACAAAGACUCGUUGAUCUUCGCCGGACACCGGUCUCGAUUGAACAGAACGACCGGGAGAACGAAGCCAUGCUCAAGGGCAUCCUCGGUCAGAUAGUCGGCCAGCCCGAAACGGAUCAGAAAGCACGACUCGAUGCGGUCAGCAAAGAAGCCACCGACCUGUCGGCGUUUGUCCGACGAAAGCCUGCCAAACCCUCUCAACCCUCAGCCUCUUCCACUGCCUCCAAAAGACCCGCGGAAGAUUCAGCCACAGAGAAUGACUCCAAACGCGCGCGAGUUGAGGAUGCUCCUCCAUCCAGCUAG